CAUAUUUUUAAUCAGUGUACUUUUAACUGAAUUAAAGUUUUCCAAAUAUUAGAUAAAUAUUAUCCUGUAAACAUGGAUAAAAGUAAAGAAAAAGAAGAACAAAGCAUCAUGGAUAAAUCCAUGAGAUCCGUCUUUGUGGGUAAUAUACCUUACGAAGCUACGGAGGAGAAGCUUAAAGAUAUAUUCAGCGAAGUGGGGCCGGUCUUGUCUUUUAAACUAGUGUUUGAUAGAGAGACUGGAAAACCUAAAGGUUAUGGCUUUUGCGAAUACAAGGAUCAGGAAACAGCGCUUAGUGCCAUGAGAAAUUUAAAUGGUUAUGAAAUUGGUGGACGAUCACUUAGAGUCGAUAAUGCUUGUACCGAAAAAUCAAGAAUGGAAAUGCAAGCCUUGAUGCAGGGUCCACAGGUAGAAAAUCCAUAUGGAGAAGCUGUUGAACCAGAAAAAGCCCCAGAGGCAAUUAGUAAAGCAGUGGCUACUCUGCCCCCAGAGCAAAUGUUUGAACUUAUGAAACAAAUGAAGCUUUGUGUUCAAAAUAAUCCAUCUGAAGCUCGAAACAUGUUGCUUCAAAAUCCUCAGCUAGCAUAUGCUUUACUCCAGGCGCAAGUCAUAAUGAGAAUUGUUGACCCAGUUACAGCUGUUAGCAUGCUACAUCCCAGCAACCCCGUACCACCAGUCUUACAGCCUGACAAGCCUCCAAUGCCUAAUAACUAUAUGCCAUCAAAUCAACAACAAGUGCCAUCACAGAUGAUGAAUAAUCCCGCCCCUACACCCAAUCAAUACAACCCCCGCAGUGGGAUGUCGAACAUGGCGGGCAUGGACGUGGAUCUGCGCAGUGCGCGUGCGCCGGUGCCGCCGCUGCUGGACCAGGACAUGCGCAGUCUGCCGCCCGCGCACCCCGCGCACCCCGCGCACCCCGCGCCACACCCCGUGCCGCCCCCGCUCAAUCAAGACAAUAUGUUCCCGCGUGACCCACGCCUCGCGAACGCUCAAGGCUUCAAUGCGGAUCCUCGCGUACGGCCAAAUGACCCACGAACUCAAAAUAAAAUGCCUCAACAAAUGCCCCCAGGCAUGCCGAGCAUGGCUCAAGCCAGAACAAUACAAGGCAUACCUUCCGGUGCUUCGGAUCAAGAAAAGGCGGCGCUGAUAAUGCAAGUACUGCAGUUGUCGGACGAACAGAUCGCACUGCUGCCGCCCGAACAACGCGCCAGCAUACUCAUGCUCAAGGAACAGAUCGCCAAGAGCACGCAGCAACGCUAAUACACUAGAUUAUAAUA